GGCAGCGCUCUGAUUCCUCACACCGCGGCCACUUCCCAGCCACACCUCAACAUGGCUCGAUGGACUAGCUUGGCGCUGUUGUCCGCACUGGCGGUUAGCGCGCUGAGUUUGCCACAGCCCGACGAUGGCGCUUACAACAUUCCCCGGGUGGGCACGGGGCGCCGCUCCCAGUACUACGUGCUGCACUCUGACGGCACCUUCAAGUACGGCUACGACACAGGUGAGGGCGCCUACGAGGCGGCACGGCAGCAGACGCCAGGCCGCCAGACGGGAGAGUUCGGCUACGUAGACGAGAACGGCAACCACAUCCGUCUCGAGUACAGCGCCGACGAGGGCGGCUUCCGGCCCAGCGGCACCCACCUGCCCGCGCCCAGCGCCGAGUUUCUCGCUGCCCACGCCGAGGCGGCCGCCCGCCCACCCUUCCGCGACCCUCUCGCCAGAGCCGACACCGACGCCUCCUACGACUUCGGGUUCGCCGAUGCCGGUCUCUCCCGCACCGAGCAGAGUGACUCUGACGGCAACGUGCGCGGCUCCUACAGCUACACCGACGACGAGGGACGCACCCGCUCCUACACGUACACUGCUGGCCGCGGUGUCGGCUUCGUCAUCGAGGGCAGCGACCUCCCCGUGGCGCCGCUGAGCCCCGGCGACACUCCUGCCGCCACCAGGCUGUCAGGCGCCGCUGCUGGUGCCGCCGCUGCUGCCGCUGCUGGUUUCCGCGGAGCUGGUGCCGGAGCUGGCGUCGGAGCUGGCAUCGGAGCUGGCGUCGGAGCUGGUGCCGGAGCUGGAGCAGGAGCUGGAGCGGAGCUGGAUUUGGUGCUGGCUUUGGUGCUGGAGUCGGAGCUGGUGUCGGUGCUGGUGCAGGCCAGACUCACAGGACUCAUUCCACCUUCCGCUCCACCUCCUUCGGUUCCUCCGCCAACGGAGCUGCCGCAGGUGGCGCCGACGUCAGAAGGGGCCCUGACGGAUCCUACUCCUUCUCCUACAACGCCGGAGACCACGACCGCUCCGAGUCUGCCGACGCCAACCUUAACGUGGACGGAGAGUUCUCCUUCGUGGCUGACGACGGCGUCAGGCGCCGCGUGACCUACGAGGCUGGCAGCGACACCGGCUUCGUGGCCUCUGGAGACCACCUGCCCCAGCCCGUCCAGCCCGAGCACGGCGGUCGCGGUCCCUCCACCUCCUUCCGCAGGACUGGCACCUCCACCACCUCCUUCACUGGCGGCGCAGGC